AUGGCUGCGCGGAGGGCGAUUGAAUAUGAAUACGUUGACUUCCCUAUCGAUGGGUCUUGCUUCCCUUCUACCACUGCUAGACUGGCUAGUUAUGGGCCGGCUCAACUCGAGCUCUUUUACCCCAUGGCGACCGGCCUCGGCCUCGUGGUAGUGGCUGGCAAAUACGUAGACAGCUUGUCCCGGCGAUCUGCGGCUCAGGAUCUUGUUCGUGUUUACAAGCCCAUCCUCGAUGCGGAUUCUAUUACACUAUAUCCAGGAAUGGAAGUGAGUAGAGUCGUUUACGUUGUAAUGACAACGAAAACAAGAUUGACUUGAUAUUAAUUAAUCGCUCAGAGAGUGCCGGCUUCAUAUCUAAGGAGAGAUGAUAAAAUCGUUGUGGAACCUCAUACAACCAUUCCAUGUGACUGCUACGUCCUAGAAGGCUCUUCGCUCAUCGGACAGGCAAUUGCAACAGGAGAGUCUCUUCCUGCAAGGAAGACUACCGGGGAUUUUCUUCUAGGAGGGACGCGAAACCUCAGCAGGCGAUUGAUUUGCGCUAUUCAGAGAGAGAAGAACGACUCUUUCUACACCAAACUUGUGCAGAGCGCGGUAGAGUCAAGCUCAACAUCUUCAAACGACCAUGAGUUUAUCGACACCAUUACGAGACAUUUCGUCGCGGUUGUGACGGGUCUAUCCGUCUUCGCGCCUUGUUACAGUCUAUAUCCUCUCAUCGGCAAAGUUAUUCUGUACCAAAUCAUCCAUGAUUGGAUUGCACAUACAAUUACAAUCCUCACUUGCGCGUGCCCAUGCGCCAUCAGCCUAGCGAUUCCCUCAACAGUAAUUGCUGCUAUCGGUACGUAAUGAAAGCCACAAUCUACCUUUUGAAUGGAAACUGGGAAACUAACCUGGCUUCUCUAGUCACUGCAUGUAGGCAGGGAAUUAUCAUCACCGGUGGCAUAAACACACUGGAAAAAUUGGAAAAAUCAAAGACUUGCGUCUUUGAUAAGACAGGCACACUUACGCAUGCGCAGCUCGAUGUCGAAGAUCUCGCCGUUGUUCCAGAGUGGGAGAUGGUCAAGGACAUGAUCUGGGAAUAUGUCUGCACCGUCGAGAGCCAAGCGAUUGAUGAUCAUCCGAUCGCCAGGGCAAUCCUCGGUGCUGGGCUUCGGGAACUUGGUGUUAGGUGGGCAGAAAGGCAGGGGCUUCGUUACACUCGAAAUGUUGUAUCCGACUCGGGAAAAGGCGUCAAGGGCGAGGUUCAACUACAAAACCAACCUUGGCGUCACAUUGCUGUUGGGAGCCACCGAUAUUUCAAAGAGCUGAACAUCACCGGAACGCCGGAGAGUAUCCCAGACGGCACACAUGGCAGCAUCGUUGUGCUUUUGGCAGUCGAUGAAAAGUACGCUGCUUCAUUUUUUGUCGCGGUAAUAACGAGAAACUCUAUCCCCUCAAGUGUAGCCAAGCUCACCAAGGUUUAGGACGCUAUCAAGGAAGACGCACCGGAUGUAGUGAGCCAGUUGAUGCAGGCCGGUUACCACUGCGGCAUAGUACGUGCUUUCGUCGACGCAAAGUUUACACAAGUCUCCAACAUGCUAACUUUGCAUUAAUAUUGUAGCUCACAGGGGACACGCGGGAGUCUGCUGAGCGCGUCUCGCAACAACUGGGGCUUCCCAUAAUGCAGUCCGGGGCACUACCUGGAGAAAAACAAGCAAAUAUCCAAUCCCUCCAGGACUCUGAAAAUAUAGUAACGGUGGCGAGGCUUAUCCGAGGAGACCUUACUACAUAUAGCCCAGAGACUAACACAAAGACAGGUCGGAGGUUGCCUCAACGAUGCUCCCUCUCUCGCCGCAGCAGGUGUUGGCGUCGGUCUACAGAAGGACUCAACUACUGCCAUUGCUGGCGGUGCAGUUGUCAUAAUCAACACUCGACUCGGAUCCCUCAUCGACCUUUUCAAGAUUGCCAGGAUGACCAUGGACCAAGUCCGGUUCAACCUCUACUGGAUCUUGGCUUACAAUGUUUUCACAUUAGGUCUCGCGAUGAAACUCUUUAACCCUUUCAAUAUUUCUUUAACUCCGUAUGUGAUCCUAAACCCAAAAACAUUGUGUGAGAUGCACUCUUUAGAUAUUGA